AUGAAAUGCAUCAUAGUAUUUGUUGCUCUUUUUGCAAUCGUUUUAUCUGCUCCAUUGGAUAGUCCACAAGAUGCUCAAGUUUUAAAGAGUGAAUUCGAUAAUAUUGGUGUUGAUGGUUAUAAAUUUGCUUUUGAAACCAGUGAUGGUACAUCACGUCAAGAACAAGCUGAAGUAAAAAAUCUUGGAUCAGAUGAAGAAGCAAUUUCAAUUCGGGGUUCAGUAUCAUGGGUUGAUGCUGAUGGACAAACAUAUUCAUUAAAUUAUGUUGCUGAUGAAAAUGGUUUCCAACCACAAGGUGAUCAUAUUCCAAAAGCUCCAUAA